AUGACGGCCGACCAGCCCACGCCCCUGCGGCCACUGUCGCCAAUCGAACUGUACAGCUCGGCGCGCCACCAUCUGGGCAUCUACCGCAGCGUCACCGUGACAUGUCGAUACCACGCUCCACGGCCGCGUCGCAGGAUCGACCCCGGCCUCCUUUAUCCCGCCCUGGGCAGGGUGGUGUCUGCGCAGCCCAUGCUCCAGGUCGGCAUCUUGCACGAAGACACCAACCGGGCCAGAUUCUGCCAACUCGCCGAGCUCGACCUUGCCGAGCACGUCUCCUUCGCGACGCUCGACUGCCAGUCUCUGCGGCAGUACAAUGACCAGCUGGAUGCUCAGCAAGGCUGGCAUCACGACCAAGUGUGGCCGGACCUGGCGCAUCGUCAGCCGUGGCGGAUCGCCGUCGUGGAGCCCGGCGCCGCGGCUGCAGCAGCAGCAGCUGGAGGAGGAGGAGGAGAAGGUGCUGUGCCGCAAGACAUCGUCUUCUCCUACCACCACUCCCUUCUGGACGGCACCAGCGGCCGCUUGUUCCACGAGCACCUCGUCGAGGAGCUCAACCAAGAGCUGCGGACGCGGCAAGGAGCUGGUGCGGCCGACGCGGUCGCCGACCCGGCGCCGCCCGCAACCGUCGUGGCCUUGCCGCGGCAAGCUCCCAAACUGCCCGAGCCGCAGGAGAGCAUGAUCGGCUUCAGCUUCUCCCCCGUCUUCCUAGCCAAGGUGCUGUGGAACGAGCUGGCUCCUGCCAUGCUCCGAGCCGCCAAGGUUAUCCCCUGGCACGCCAAGCCCAUGGACCUGGCCCUCCCCUACGUGACGCUCACCAAGCCGCUCGACGUUCCCUGGCCCGUGGCAGCCAGGCUCGUCAAGGCCUGCAGGGAGCACGGGACGAGCGUCACGGGGCUCACGCACGCCCUGACGCUGGCCUCGCUGGCCGCGCGCCUUCCCGCGCAGGAGGCGACGUCCUUUGCCGCCAGCACCCCCAUCGGCCUGCGCCCGCUUCUUCCGGGCCGCGGCGCGAACCCGGGGGCCAAAGACCUGCUCCGCGUGCUGGUGACGAGCCACGCGCACGAGUUCUCGGCGGCGCUGACGGCAGAAGUGCGGCGGGCCGCGUCAAGCCCGGCGCUGGACCGUGCCAUCUGGAAAGUCGCCCGGCGGGUCAAGGGCGAGCUCGUCGACCGGCUGGCCGCCUUUCCGAGGAACGACGUGGUCGGCCUGAUGAAGUACAACUCUGACUGGCUGGGCUUCUUCAAGAAGAAGCACGGGCAGCCGCGCGAGGUGUCGUGGGAAGUCAGCAACAUUGGCGUCUUGCGGAACCAGGGCGGUGGUGGUGGCGGCCGUGGUGAGUCUGCCGCCGCCGCCAGCCCCGGCUUCACCGUGUCCCGCGUCUACUUUACCAACGGGGCCAUGGUGACGGGCGCUCCGGUGGGACUGGGCGUCGCCAGCGCCCCGGGCGGCUGCCUGACCAUUGCGCUGUCGUGGCAGGAAGGCGUGGUGUCUGGCGAGCUGAUGAAGGGGCUGGCCGACGACUUGGCCGGGUACGUGGACCGCUUCGACAAGACGGGGCACUUUGGGCCCAGGGAUCCAUGA